AGUCGCUGGGAGACCGAGGCGCCGCCAUGGAGCCGCCCGCCGCGGCCUGGGGCCUCCUCAGCGUUGCCGGCACGGAGGUGCGGGCUGGGCGGCGGGAGCCGUGCGUGCUCAGCCUGGGCCGGCGGAGCGGCCGGUACGGGAUAGUUAUCCAUUCACAGGAGAAAGAAAACUCUGAUCCGGAUUAUAUUCCCAUCAACAGCCGCUUUAAAUGCGUACAAGAGGCAGAAGAAACUCUACUGAUUGAUAUAGCUACAAACAGCUGUAAGGUCCGGAUACAAGGUGACGAGACAGCGGAGCGGCUCUUUGAAAUCCCUGAUGAGGAGCGUUGCUUAGGAUUCCUUUCAGAAGUGCAGAGCAUACAGGAAGCCCACCUGAAAGCUUCUCUUCCUGAACCGAAGGACUCAGCCAGCUGGCAUCAGGUGGAGAAGAACCUCCCAGGUCUAUCACAGGCCUCUUCUUCGGGAACUCUGGGGUUUGAGGAUGACUUCAGUGCUCUAAGCCUAGAAGAGAAAAGAAACAUGCAAAACCACCAAACGGGAUCUCGCCGGGAACCCCCACCUCCUCCUGUGCCUCAAAAUAGGCAAUUUCACCGAGAGAAAGAAGGUACGUCAAGAGACCAGCCAAAAGUGACCAACACUAUGCGCAAGAUGUUUUUGCCCAGCACCCAGUCGGGACAAAGAGAAGGCCUCAUCAAACACGUGCUUGCCAAGAGAGAGAAGGCAUAUGUCAACCUUCACAACUUCAGAUUUUUUGUGGGAACGUGGAACGUGAACGGGCAGUCUCCAGACAGCAGCUUGGAACCCUGGCUGGUGUGCGACACAGAGCCUCCAGACUUCUAUUGCAUCGGGUUCCAGGAGCUGGACCUCAGCACAGAGGCUUUUUUCUACUUUGAUUCUGCAAAGGAGCAAGAAUGGCUGGCUGCUGUGGAGAAGUCCCUGCACCCUCAGGCUAAGUAUAAGAAAGUGCAAAUGGUCCGUCUAGUCGGGAUGAUGUUGCUCAUAUUUGCUAAGAAGGAUCAGCUGAGCAAUAUCAGAGAGAUCAUGACGGAGUCCGUGGGCACGGGAAUCAUGGGAAAGAUGGGCAACAAGGGCGGCGUGGCGGUGAGGUUCGUGUUCCACAACACGACCUUCUGCAUUGUCAAUUCCCACCUCGCUGCUCACGUGGAGGACUUCGCGCGAAAUCAAGAUUAUAAGGAUAUCUGUGCUCGGAUGAGUUUUGUAACCCCUGAUGAUAGUCUACCUCAGCUCAACAUCAUGAAACACGAUGUUGUCAUCUGGCUAGGAGACCUGAACUACAGGCUUUGUCUCCCUGAUGCCAGUGAAGUGAAAGCUCUUAUCAGUAAGAAAGAGCUUCAGAAAUUGCUGACAUACGACCAGCUGAAUAUUCAGCGCACUCAGAAGAAAGCAUUUGCAGAUUUCACCGAGGGAGAAAUUAAAUUCAUCCCCACCUAUAAAUAUGACUCAAAAACAGAUCGCUGGGACUCCAGUGGAAAGUGUCGUGUGCCAGCGUGGUGUGAUCGAAUCCUUUGGAGAGGAGGGAACAUAAAUCAGCUCCGGUAUUGCAGUCACAUGGACCUGAAGACUAGCGACCACAAGCCAGUCAGCGCACUUUUCCGCAUCGGGGUAAAGGUUGUGGAUGAGCAGAAGUAUCGGAAGUUGUUUGAAGACAUCGUUCGUAUAAUGGACAGAAUGGAGAAUGACUUUCUUCCUUCGCUGGAGCUAAGCAGGAGAGAAUUUGAGUUUGAGAAUGUGAAGUUCCGUCAGCUGCAGAAGCAGAAGUUCCAGAUCACCAAUAACGGGCAGGUCACCUGUCACUUCUCCUUCAUCCCAAAGCUCAACGAUAGCCACUACUGUAAGCCGUGGCUUCGGGCUGAGCCUUGUGAAGGUUACUUGGAGCCAGAUGAGAGCAUGGACAUCUCCCUGGACGUGUACGUCAGUAAGGACUCAGUAACCCUUCUGAACUCUGGCGAGGACAAAAUUGAGGAUAUUCUUGUCCUUCACUUGGACCGAGGGAAGGACUAUUUCCUUACCAUCAGUGGGACCUACCUGCCCAGCUGCUUUGGCACCUCCCUGGAGGCCUUAUGCCGAAUGAGACGACCGAUCCGAGAAGUUCCAGUCACCAAACUCAUUGACCUGGGAGAAGACAGCUUCUUAGAAAAGGAGAAAUCCGUUCUGCAGAUGGGCUCUCUGGACAGCGAGGAGGCAAGUGGGAUGCCGCUGCAGGUGCCGAAGGAGAUCUGGCUCUUGGUGGAUCACUUGUUCAAGCAUGCCUGCCACCAGGAGGACCUGUUCCAGACUCCAGGCAUGCAAGAAGAGUUGGAGCAGAUCAUUGACUGCCUGGACACCAGUAUCCCCGAGACAAUCCCGGGCAGUAACCACUCUGUGGCUGAAGCACUCCUCAUCUUCCUGGAGGCUCUGCCAGAGCCAGUGAUCUGCUACGAGCUGUAUCAGCGGUGCCUCGACUGGUCGCACAACAGCCGGCUGUGCCGACAGGUGAUUUUUCAGCUGCCUCGUUGCCAUCGCAGUGUGUUUCGGUACCUAAUGUCGUUCCUCCGAGAGCUGCUCAGAUACUCGGAAGACAACAACGUCAGUGUCGCCAUGAUCGCCGCCUUGUUCUCCAGCCUCCUCCUGCGCCCUCCACCCAAUCUGAUGGCAAAGCAGACUCAGCAGGACCGCCAGCGUGCCAUCAACUUCCUCUACAGCUUCCUGCUUGCCGGGGAUGAAGAGUGACUCCUGCCCGUGUGCCAAAGCUGAGGCCCGUGCCCCCAGCCUUGUGCUGAGGCCGGGCCUCUGACAGCUCCAGAAGGGUAAAAGGCUCUGAGCUACUCCAAGUGCCGUGUUUACAGUUGGAAGGGACGUGUUCCCCUCUCCUUCCCGCCGCUGUACCCUACGCUGCAGAGGACCUGCGCACUCAUUGCACUGCCAUCCACGACAGGAGCCUCCUGCUUUCUCCCUGGGAGCUGGGUGGAUCUGUUGAUACCCACGCACUGUGCCAGCAGCCCGAUCGUCCCAUGGCAGUGUCACCAGUUCCCCGAGUCAUGCUUCUCUCUCCUUUUCACCCCCAUCUCCCUGGAGCCAUUGCAGGGAAGGGUGGAGACCGCCGGUGCUCUUGGAGGGCCGUGGCACGGCCGGCUGGUGCUCAGCCUGCGCGCUGUGUCCCUGCGGGUGCGAGGUAUGCGUGUACUGACUGUACUGGUGAGAGCCCCGCGCUCUGCCCCAGACUGGUAUUGGGCAUGUGUCACCCUCUGCCACGCAGCAGACCAAGCCGCCCCUGAUGCCCCGUCACUGUGCUAUGAAAGCUGGACCGCGGCUGUCCCAGGAAGGUUAUCUGGACAUUCAGCGGGGUGUUAUCCUCUCAUCUCCCUCCUGGGGUGCAGGGCUCUGGCACACAGGUCUCUCCCUGCGCUCCCGGCUUUCUGCCACUGUCACCCGGGCCUUGCUCUCUUCUCUCCCUUCCCCUGUGCCCCGGCUUCCUUCUGGGCCACAGGGGAUGGUGGGUGACUUGGCGGGGCCGGGGUCAGGCAGGGCAGCGAGCUGCACUCUGCGUGUCCCUCUGCGUGGCAUGGAGCAGGACGCAGCUCCUGUCUGCCCCCCUCCCCAGCCCUGCUUGCAGAGCCGCAGGGGUAGGAGUGGGGCUGGGUGACCGGGGCGGCGUUGGAUGCUGUCCUUCCCCUCCUCCCCGAGGUGCUACCAGAGGGUACAGGCUGGGGGGAGAA